CGGAACUCCCCGUCCCGGGGGGGCGGCAGCGCCGGGCCUCCCGGCGUGGCGGCCCUGAUGGCGGCGGUGCCGCCGGUCUACGUGUACAGCCCGGAGUACGUGGCCCUCUGCGACUCCCUCUGCAAAGUGCCCAAGCGGGCCAGUAUGGUACAUUCGUUGAUCGAAGCAUAUUCCUUACUUGACCAGAUGACUAACUGCCAAAAGAAGGCUCCUAGUCUGAGGAGGUUAAAGCUGGAUGUUCCAGCCAAACCCUGGAGUCUUUGUCCUGAUGCACUCCCUUCCUCCUCUCUGCCUAGGAUAGUCAAGCCAAAAGUGGCCUCCAUGGAGGAGAUGGCGAGCUUCCACACGGAUGCCUACCUGCAGCACCUGCAGAAGGUCAGUGAGGAGGGGGAUGAUGACCAUCCGGAGUCCGUGGAGUAUGGACUGGGUUAUGACUGUCCAGCUACAGAAGGGAUCUUUGAGUAUGCAGCAGCUGUGGGAGGAGCCACCAUCACUGCAGCCCAGUGCCUGCUGGACGGCAAGUGCAAGGUAGCGAUUAACUGGCCUGGAGGGUGGCAUCAUGCAAAGAAAGAUGAAGCUUCUGGCUUCUGUUACCUGAAUGAUGCUGUCUUGGGGAUCCUGCGGCUGCGACAGAAAUUUGACCGUGUCCUUUAUAUCGAUUUGGAUUUGCAUCAUGGGGAUGGAGUUGAAGAUGCCUUUAGUUUCACUUCGAAAGUCAUGACUGUUUCUCUGCACAAGUUUUCACCAGGAUUUUUCCCAGGCACUGGUGAUGUGACAGAUGUUGGCCUAGGGAAAGGUCGCUAUUACAGCGUGAAUGUACCUAUUCAAGAUGGCAUUCAGGAUGAGAAGUAUUACCAGAUCUGUGAAACCGUGCUGAAGGAGGUGUACGCCGCAUUCAACCCAGAUGCGGUUGUGCUGCAGCUGGGGGCAGACACCAUCGCUGGAGAUCCCAUGUGCUCUUUCAACAUGACACCUGAGGGAGUGGGCAAGUGCCUGAAGUAUGUCCUGCAGUGGCAGCUAGCAACUCUCAUCCUGGGAGGAGGAGGCUACAACCUUGCCAACACAGCUCGCUGCUGGACAUACUUGACUGGGGUCAUCCUUGGGAGAACGCUGUGCUCCGAGAUACCCGAUCACGAGGUACCCGUGGGAUGCCCUCCCUCCAGCCUCAGCCAGCCAGAGACCUCUCUUCUGACUCUCCUCUCCUCUUCCCUGCAGUUCUUCACAGAGUACGGUCCUGAUUACGUGCUGGAGAUCACACCGAGCUGCAGACCAGACCGCAAUGAGCCACAGAGAAUUCAAGAAAUUCUUAACUCUAUCAAAGGGAAUCUGAAGCAUGUUGUUUAGCGGAGAAGGAAGGCUCAAGUUUCCGCAAGAGCAUUUCCCGUGGGGAAGACGGCGUGUUUAUGUGAGCAGCUGGUGAAAUUUGUGGCUGUGGGGGAAAUUUGGAAGAAAUUACUGUUGGUUGGUUGAUUUUUUUCUCUUUAAAGAAGAAAAGCUGCUGCGCACCAUGAGCACUGUGGCUGUCCCCAGGCAGGAGUGUGGGCCCUCCAGCCACAGCCUUCCAGUGCUGGCAGAGCCUCCCUUGCUCCUUUCUCUUUCCUGUUUUAACACCACAGAGUUUAUUCUCACAACUGGUUUUAAAUGUUUUGUAAGAGAGGGGCUCCUCAGAUCUGUGAACCCUCCCCAGCUGGCAGGAGCAUGGCCUCUGAGCUGCCCACCCAGGGAGUGGUACCGAGGGCCAGCCGGGGCCUGGGCCACGGGCUGUGCCUCUUACCCACAGAAAGGCACAGCUGUUGUUUUUUUAACUGGGAAUUUUUUUAAAAUAAAGUAUUUGAAAUACUCUUCCAGCCCUUGCCUUUCUUCCUGCGCCCACCCUGCCUUGCCAGUGCUCUUUUCCACAGCACUUCACAUGUUCAGCAGAGGUCCCGCCAGCACUGGAAAGCAAAGAUCUGCAGUUGCAUUUGUGACCGUCCCUUCCAGCCCCAUCACGUAAGGCAGCACAGAUACCUCCCCCCCGAGAGCGAUGAGUGGGCUCCUGAAAUCCUGUGCUGAGGGGCCAGACCCUGGGGAUGCUCUCCAGAGUGGCGAGGGAGAUGCAGGGCAGGGUGGCUACUCCUGACCUGAGAGAUCUCAGAUGAACCUCCAGAUGCCCCAGCGCCCUAUAAGAGCUGCCACUCAGCAUCUCAGCGAGGCAUCUCAGCAAGGGGACAGGUAUACAGGUAUCGGGCAGAUCCAUCCCGGUGCCUCGGGCUGUGGAGCCUGGCCUCUGCUGCCCUUGUCCGCUCCUUCACCUGGCCCACAGAGCUUUUAUUUGUGCUGUUUCUUUUUAAAGAUGUCCAGUUGCUGUGGGAAAGCAUAUUUCCUGUCGCUUUAAUUAGAUUAUGCUGGAAUAAAUAGCAAGACGAAGGGA